GAAACAGUGCCAUAUUUUAACCUUAACCCUUGUUUCUUGUACUUGAUAUGGAGCUUCAACUGACUCUUGCUCUCCCAACCUAUGAUCCUAAAGGAACUUUCUACCUGAACAAACAUGAAUUCAAGCCGAAGGGCAUGGCCAGAUUGAAACGCGGGUUUGAAGAGGCAUUUGGGAAGAACAGAGAAGAAUGCAGGACUAAGAAUUUACUUCUAUGGAGUGGUCAGCCAAACGAAGAAGAUGAUGGCAAUAGUCCAAAAAUCACUUCUUCCCCUACUAACAAGGACGAUGAAGAAGAAGAUGGAGUUGUGGGUUGGCCGCCGAUUAAGUCAUCGAGGAAGAAAUUAUUUCACCAGAUCAACCAAGUGGUUGGCCGGAGGGAGAAUAACAAUGGGAGAUCGAUGUAUGUGAAGGUGAAGAUGGAAGGAGUAGCGAUAACAAGAAAAGUUGAUAUGAGGCUUUUUGACUCUUACCAGGCACUCACAAACUCCUUGAUUAGCAUGUUUGCUCACAACUAUGAUGACAAAGAUGGUGCAGGGAACCGAAUCAUUUAUCAGGACAAAGAUGGAGAUUGGCUGCUUGUAGGAGAUGUUCCAUGGCAGACUUUUAUAGGGUCUGUUCAAAGGCUGGAGAUACUAAGGAACUAUAAUUAAUUAGUCCAGCCUAUGGGGUUUGCAGACUGCAGAUGAUGUGUGCUAAUACAUCGAACUACGGUGCACUAUGGGAGUUUGAAUGUAAAAGGGUAAUAAUUAAUUAGUUUUUUUUUUCUAUAAUUAGGUUAAAUUACAACCUAAAUUAAGGAACUAUGAUUUGUUGGACCUAAUUUGAUUAAGUUUGUAAACUAUAUAUGCUUGUUCGAUUAAGUGUGAGUUUUUUUCUUUUAUUGUGGCUUGAAAAUUGAGAAGGCAAAUAAAAUUUAUAGCUAUAG